GGACUGCACGUUGAAUAAGGUCGCUGGAGCAAUUACAAAUUGUUAUUGUAACAUUUCGCUGGAGGGAGGAUCUUUGAAGAAAGACUUGAAACUUUCAGGGUGGUUUCAUGCGUGGUGUGUUUUAUGGGAGUUAGACUGUUGUUGUAAUGAAACCAUUUCAGCACUUGAUACGGUAUGAUUAAGCAGGGAACCAGACAACCCCACCAGACUCCUUUCCUCCAGCACUCAACAUAACUGUGUUCCAGGAUGGCACGGAGAAAUGUUGCUACUGCAGACUUUGCAACUUUUAAAGAAAAACAGCAUAACAAAAUUUUACAUUUUCAUUUGAAGAUAAGCAUAUACUGUACCAUUGAUUAUAUAAAAAAUGUUGGAUGUGACACAUUCCUGAAGUUUGACGAGAGUUAAAAUGCUUUUGCCUGCUUCUUGGAAUGAAACCAAUGGUUUCGUCUCGCUGUAUAACUGGACUUGUGUAUGCCAGCGCCUUGACUUUCUUGCUGUUCAUUUUAAAACUGUUUGCUUCUGUAAACUACAUCGAUGAGUACAAUGAGGACCACUGGAACCACAGAAGCAGCCUCUUUCCAGAGCAUUCAAAGCACAGGGCAGCCAAGCGUAGAACUGGAGUGGAUUUUAAGUCCUUGCUUAAGACUAACCACGAGCCUCCAUUUUGUCAGAAGGGACUGAUUUUGCUAAUACUUGUAACAUCUGCUCCGUGGCAUAUAGAGCAAAGGAACGCAAUACGAAACACAUGGGCGAAAAAGCUAGGCGAGGAGACAUCCUCUUGGCAGGCUUUAUUCCUCAUUGGCCAGCCAUCGGAGAUGGGCAUUUCUUCAGACAUCUUGCAAGAGCACAGAAUAUUUGGCGAUAUUCUAGUUGGGAAUUACGCAGACUCCUACAGAAAUUUAACCCUUAAAGUCAUGCAUGGAUUGAGAUGGUCUGUGGAGCACUGUGAGCCCCAGUACAUUUUAAAAACAGACGAUGAUUGUUUUGUAAACACUGACAGGUUGGCUCGUUUCUUGGCAGAUUACAAUGUGGUUAAAACUGGGCUCUAUGUGGGGUCUUUGUUUGCUGAAGGCAAAAGGCAUGUUAUCAGGGACCCUCUGAGUAAAUGGUAUGUAUCCAGGGAGGACUACUGGGAGGAUGAGUAUCCCCCUUACGCCAGUGGGAUUGGUUAUGUACUCUCUUUAGACGCCGCCACUAGAAUAAUGAAAGCUGCUGAACAUGUUCCUCCUGUGCCAAUGGAAGAUGCCUACGUGGGAAUAUUAGCAAAAGAGGCUGAGAUCACUGUGAGAUCCAGUGCACGUUUCACAAAGCACAAUGUUAACUGGAGAGUGUGUAACUACAGGUACCUCAUGGUGAUUCACAACUUGGAUAUUGGAGCGCUUAAAAGUGCACAACAAAAUAUGAUUAAAGCCAGAACUGCCUGUUCCGAAACCUCAGAGAUCACCAGAUGGAAAUGAGACAUGGCACCCUCCCACUGUAGUUAGUUUAGAAGACAUUUUGCAAUAUUAACCCAUAAUCUAACAAGUGUUGUGUAACAUGUUUGGGAAUGGUGAUGUUUACAUAGCAAAUUAUUAUUCAUGUCACCCACACAUGAAAUGACUCACAUGACAGACCACAAUCCACAGGUUUUGCUGUGGAUAUACCAGUCACAUAUAAUUACUGAAUCAAUUAAUCUCUUUUUUGCUUUUAUUAUCAUGAAUUGUUAUAAUUUUCUCAUUAUUGAAUUUGGGUACUGACAAUUACUUUUGUGUAUGUUAAUAUGUAUGGUUUUUAAAAAGGAGGAUCUAAUUGAUUAACGAGAGUUAGCAAUUUCCUUUUACCUGAUAUGGUAUAAAUAUCCCAUUAAUAAAUGUGAAAUAUCAUGUAAUGGUUUUAUUAGGUAGACAGGAGAACGUAUGCUUAAUAUAGCACUGAAAGGUACAAAUAGACUGUGAUCAUUGUUUUUCCAGACAAAAAUGUAGUGUGUUUCCUUAAACUUGAAUAUCUUGCAUGAUAAUUAGUAGAUCAGACUGUAAGGUUCCUUGAAUGUCCUUGUUAAUGUCCAUCCUAUUUAACAGAGCACUUAAUUACAUUCCAUUUUCAAAGUAACUGUCUUAAAUGAUUAAAACAGCCGUGUUUUUUAUGAA